AUGGUAUCUUCAAUUCAAUUCAAUUCUUUCAUUCUAUCGCGUUUAAUCGUUAAUGUUUCCAUUGCAGCGACAAAGAUAAAGAUGAUCAGAAGAUAUCCACCGUUUCACCUGGAGGUAAUUAUGAUCAAUUUACACGUUAUUGUUGUUUUUGUUGAUGAAUCUGAACUAUUAACAACAACUACAGGACGGGAAAAUAAGGACUCCUCAAAGGAAUCUGGUGGUCCGAAGAACGCCGGUACUCCAUGGCGAGGGUUUUUCGGUAGUAUGAUGAGUAAAGGACCAGCCUUACCUUCAAUCGCAAGUAUGUCAAUAAGAAAGAGCUGGAGUACAGGCAUUAGUGCCGCGGCAAUUGAUCCUAAUUUGGAUGCUGGAAGUUUAUAUUGCUUUAAAUCUUCAUGGAAAAACUUCUCCCUUAGAGAUCUUGAAGACGCCACUAACAAAUUCAGUUCAGAUAAUAUAAUUGGAGAAGGAGGUUAUUCUGAAGUUUACAAAGGGAAUAUGAAAGAUGGACAACAUGUAGCAAUUAAACGAUUGACAAGAGGAAAUCCAGAAGAGAUGACAGCGGAUUUCUUAUCAGAGUUAGGGAUUUUAGUCCAUGUUAAUCAUCCUAAUAUUUCUAAUGUUAUUGGUUAUGGAGUUGAAGGUGGAAUGUAUCUUGUUCUUCCUUUAUCCCCUCAUGGAAGUUUAUCAUCAAUCCUUACAGGUGACAAGGAGAAGCUGAAAUGGAGUUAUAGAUAUAAGAUUGCUGUUGGAACAGCUCAAGGAAUUGCAUAUCUUCAUGAAGGAUGUCAACGUAGAAUCAUUCAUAGAGACAUUAAAGCUGCUAAUGUUCUUCUUUCAGAGGAUUUUGAUGCUAAGGUUUCUGAUUUUGGACUUGCUAAGUGGCUGCCACAAGACUGGCCUCAUCUCACGGUCUCCCAAUUUGAAGGCACAUUUGGAUACCUUCCUCCCGAGUUCUUCAUACAUGGAACUGUGGAUGAGAAGACCGAUGUCUACGCCUAUGGUGUACUAUUAUUGGAAAUUAUCACCGGUCGCAUGGCUUUGGAUAAGUCUCAAAAGAGUCUCGUGAUGUGGGCCAGACCAUUACUUAUGGAAAACAAAAUUAGCGAAAUUAUUGAUCCAUGUCUGAAUGGUGCUUAUGACACGGAGCAGUUGAGCCAAAUGGUGACAAUAGUUUCCAUGUGCUUAGAUCCUGACCCAACUGAUCGACCUCAGAUGAGCAAGGCAAGUGUAAUAAGUCAAUAAUCUUU